AGACAAGUUGCGCCGAAGACAAGCCUCUUAUCCUCCUGUUCUACUGCGCACAGACAGCCGAACGGAUGGAACGCGACGCAUCUUGAGAGAGAGAAAAGAGUUUCGUCUCCUUUGUAAUUCUUUUUUACUCUUUUUUCGACUGCGCAAGUUGGCGCCGAAAGACCGGAUAGCCAUAGCGUCUCACCUCUUGUCUGUCAGCGUGUCUCUUCCUCGACGUGGCAGUCGCGCUUGAUCGCGACAUGGCUCCCAUUUGAUUUCGCGCAUUUUUCGAAAUUCCGCGCGCUCUGGAAAAUCCACGUAGGGGAAUAGAUCGCUUCUCUUCAACUCCGCUUGCCUCCGACUGGCUCUAUUCUUCUUCGGUGCAAACCGGGGUUUCUUCCUGGGGAGGAAACCGACGUUUCAUGCUCGUGCGAAAAAACAGCGAUCCGGGUGGAGUGUCCGUACACCUGAGCUGGAGCUAUGACCAGCUCCUCCUUCUCUUAUUGUCCUUUUUUCGUCGGCGUGUCAUCUCUCGACUGCGUGCGAGGCUUCCUGCAAGAAGGCGACUGGAGAAACGCGAGGAGGGACAGGAGGGGAAGUCGCUGCAAGAAAGCCUGUAGACACGACAAUCUGCUCGUCAAUAGCUGAGGUGGUGGACUGUCCUUUGCUUUUCAGUGCCUCGCCUUUCCUCUCUUCUCUCGUUUGAGAAGCAGGAUACCCAGAUGCUUUGGAGUUUUUGCGUUAGUGGUAAUCGGCCUCUGUCUGUUCGGCGUUUCUUCGCGUCUCUCUUCUUUUCUCUCGUCCUCUUGCCCUUCUCACUUCUUCUUGGGAAGACCGGCCGACUUCAGGAUUUGCUCUUCUUGGCAUCCUCUUCUGUGUCUCCACUUCCCUCUGUUCCCUCUGUGUCUGUAGGUCUGAUGCCCUGUCCACGUGUUCGAUUUGCGUUUUCCCCUCUCAUCGGUUCUCCUUUCCUCUUCUCAGCUUCCCUCUGCCUCGUCAAGAUCCUCCUUUUCUGAAGCAGCUGCGUGCGACCUUUUGCCUUUGCUGGAUUCAGCUGACUGUACGCUGCAUGUGAAGACUGCCUGUCUCCAGGCAUGGCUGCCGCCUCACCGCGGGCUGAAAGAGACCGCAUUUCGAGUUCCGACAGAUCUGCCGCCUUCCGAAUCUUCUCUCACACGAGGUGUCGAUAGACCUGAAGAGCCUUUCCUCGGCGUGAGGAACCGGAAGCUGUCGCAUUUCUCUCUCAACAGAGGAAGCGCUUCACGGGGCCAGGGGAUCUGCCGAUGCAGUAUACUUGCAUCCCUCCGUGUCUGUCCUUCGUCUUCCUUGCAUGCGUUUUGCGCCGUGGGCAGUGUGUGGAGGACGCGUUCUGCAGGAUACGUUGAAGUCCCCGACACACAUGUGAAAGGAGACGUACCACUUUAUUCUCACGUUCAUCUCGAGAGAGAUUGACGAACGUCUCUUGCAGGUUCCUGUUUACUUUUUUUUAUCGUUCCCCAGUGAGUCUCGCGUCUGGCUCAUGGAUUCCUCGACCUUUCUCCCGGUGGCUUCCCAGCCUCCGCCACACACUCCCUCCUUCCCCACUCUCCCUGCAUCUGCUGCUUCUCAAACACAUCCCUCUUCUUCCUCUUCGUUCUCUGUUUCUUCCUCUUCACCUUCCUCUCCUCCUUCUACCUCUUCUUCUUUUUCCUCACCUCAUUCUUCCCCUUCAUCUUCACUAUCCUCUUCUUCCUCCAGUGCUGCCUGUUCUUCCUCCUCUGCCGUUCGCUCUCCCCCCUCUUCUGCGUACCCUUCGUCUUUCUGCUCUUCUCCUUCGCCCUCUCCUGCCGGUUCCUUCUCUUCUUCCUCUUCUCCUCCUCCCUCAUAUGGUUCUUCUGCUGUGUCUCCUUUCACGGUGUUGAAUCAUCCACGGAGAUUUUCGCGAGCGCCGCUUGCCGCGUAUGAAGCAUGCAACCACUUUUUGCCCUUUGCGGCGGUGUCGGCCUCCUGUGCGCCGCACCAGCGCUACGAGGGUGUAUGUACACCUGGCCUCUCGGCGGCCUCUUCGCUCUCUGCGGCCGCUGAAGCAGCGCUGUCUGCGGCUCCCUGCUGUGCCUGCCCGCGAGCUGUGGCGGGAGACUGCAGACGUUUGCGGUCUUGGGAGAGAAUCGCCAGAGUGGAUGCCUUGCAGCUUCCCGGCUUAUAUGAGAAACUUGUCUCCGUCCUUGAAAAGAAAGUGAGGGUCCCCCGCAACUUCCACGGAACGGAGGAGAGCGCGAACGGGGGAGGAGACGCAGAGAACGACGGGCGGGGAGAAGAGCGAGGGAGACAGGGAGACACGGCGGGAAGAAGGCGGAGUUGUGAAGAAGAGCGAGGAGACGCGAGGGGAGAAGAUCCGUCAAGCAAGAGAAAGGAGAAGUUUGGAGAGACCAAGGGCAUCGAUGCAUUCCGGGAGGCGGGAGAAGGAGACAGUGGGGACGGGAAGUCAACGCAAGUGAGCAGAGAGAAUCACGUUUCGACUCCAGAUUCUGCGAAAGAAUUGGGAGGCUAUGCGACGUCGGAGGAGAGACAGGAAACGCGAGACGACAGAGAAGCCACAGUCUGCGAGCUUCUUCUCGGACCUUCUGUGUACAACGCCAUCGAGAUGGACGUCCACCGGACGUUUCCGUCUCUACCGUUCUUCAAAGAAGAAGGACAAACCGCCAUGCGUCACAUCCUUCAGGCCUACGCUGUCUUCGACCCAGAGGUGGGCUACGUGCAGGGUAUGAACUUCGUCGUGGGGACUUUGCUGCACCACAGCAACACGAGCAUUCACUGGAAGCUGGACGAACACAUUCGCGGCGUGAUGAGUCUCUUGUUGACUUCUCCGGACGAGGGGGCUUUGUCUCCUCGUUCGCGCUUCCUCACCUCGUCCCUGGCCUCUCCUUCCCACCCCAAGCAAAGCGGAGACAGUUCGGACCCGAACGGAGACAGUGGGGGAGUGAAAGGAAACAGUGUGGACCGAAAGUGUGGGGAGAAAGACGAGAAGGGGGGACUCCAGUUUUGCAUUCGGACGCGAGAAGGCCGAGUGUUUUGGCUACUGGUCGCCAUGUUUUACCUCUAUGACAUGCGGAGGAUGUUUCUUCCUUCCCUCCCAGGAAUUUUCGAAAAAUGCGACAGAAUCGAACGCAUGAUGCAGAUUGUUCUCCCCGAUCUCGCAGAACACCUGAAGUCCACCGGCGUCUCCCUCUCGCUCCUCACCUCGGACUGGCUGCUCACGCUCUUCUCCUACAGCGUGCCGCUGGAUGUAUGUACAGCCGUCUGGACCAAGUUCUUCGAGGAAGGCUGGGUUUUCAUCUACAAACUCGUCAUUGCUCGCUUCAAAAAAGUCAAGCGGCAAAUGUGCAACCAAACAGACCUCGUCGAACUCGUGAAAACCGCCAAGUUCUCUGCGCCGCAGAACGCCCUUGCCGCCGUUGGAGAGUCUGUCGUGUCAUGGCUGUUGAAGCCUCGCGGUUCGAAAGCGGCUGCAAGUGGAGAGGCGCCAGCGGUCUCCUACUUGACUUCUCUCGGCCUCCUUCUCCAGCAGCAGCUGCAACAAAUCCCUUCGCAAGACGCCCUAACUUCUAGUCUUUCUGUCUCCAACGACCCAAAUGUAUCCGGCUCGAAGGAGAUGUGGCGAGACAUUAUUGAAGAUGCAAGCGAUAUGGACGUCGACAGACGCCUCUUUUUGCAGGUGGAGUUGGAGAUGCUGGACCGCGAGCACGUGCAGAACCGGGCGAAACGCGCUGUACAGACACCUGAGAGGGUUCCCAGCGAAGCGCCCAACGACAGAGAAAAACGGAAAGAAUACCGAGGCGACAGGGGGAUAGAAAGAGAACAAAAGGAAAAAGUUGAAAAUGAAUUGACAGGGGGUGGGGAGACUCGGCGAAGUGGAGACUCGAAACUCGCAAACUCCUCGGCGAAUGAAGCGGGCGAUGUGUGUCGAAAGAAGACAGUCGGUCUCUGGAGGCCAGGUGUAGGAGCUGAACGCGAAGAAGAUGGGCGCGAAUCCUGCAGUCAAAGGCAUGCAAAGAAGACGGACUCUGGAGAGAAAAUGAACGAGACGGAAGGUCCGCGGGGCGAGCGGAGGAAGGAAGAAGAGCACAGAGGAGAGAGAAGGAAUGAAUCAUGUCAGGCAUAUUAUCUCCAGAGAGGCACAUGUCGAGGAGAGAAGGGAGAUUUCUUGAAGACUCCGGAUCUUUUCACAGGCGAUGAAAGAUCUUAUGAAAAUACACGGACUUCGCCUACAGCUUCGUCGACCAGCGAUCCCUCUGUCGGAGCAGGGAGCCCGGGAGAACGUGGCGCCAGUCGAGGCAAAAGCGAAAAAGAAAUAGUGCCUCCAAACGUUAUCUCGGCCUGUACAGACAGCUCAGGAUGCGCAGACAGCUUAGAGUGUAGAGACAGCAGGCGUCUAGCCUGUUCACCUCUCCUUCAUGUUGAGAAAUGUCUGGCUCUGCUUAGAAGGGCGGGAGACGAGGAACUGCGGACGGAGACGGAGGAACUUUGCGCAGAGUGUUUUGCUCACCAGAGGCUGCUUUUCCACGUCGCUGAACAGAGACAGCAUCUGCAGCAACUCGCAAUCGAGGCUCUGAAAAAACCGAAACAAGUUCCAGAGACCCUCAGACACUGGACAGCGCGGGGUGCAGACAUCUACGACGAAUAGUAAAUACAUGUUUUAACAAAAACGGGGAACAAUCGUCCACGCAUAUAUAUAUAUAUAUAUAUAUAUAUAUGUGGAAUGUUGGUGGUGGAUAAAUAUUUUCAAGUUUCAUCACUCAGGACGUAUGCAGGAAGAGCGGGGCAGCGAACUGUGCGUGCGAAUGUGUGUGGGUGACAUAUCGAGAAACUCUGUUCAAGUGUGUUUGUCUGCAUGUGUAUGUGUGUGCAUCGUGGUGUUUUUAAUUACUGAGGAAAGCUGUUUGUUGCGGGGUGACGAGAGUCGAGUAGAAAGAUGAAUUUCCUCCCCAUGAAUUUCUUUGGUCCUCUGGAGGUUGAGCCAAGGGGGAUGUGUCCGGAGGAAUUUUAGACGCGAGAGAGCGGAAGUCUGUGGCUGUGGUGCCCGAGAAUUUUGGACCUGUUCCUCAGAAAUGGGAGAAGAUCCGAUCUUAAACAAGGGAUGCGUGUUCAAUCGCCUGUGUGCAUGUUUACGCGUGAAAUACCCACAGUAUCUGUGCGUGUUUUUUGGUGUAGAAGAGGUCGCAAAUUCGUGGAUUUUUACAACACUGCGUGAGUGAACGCGUUUGGGGGCGACGGGACACGUGGAGAGUCAGAGGGAUUCGCUGGCCUCUCCGUCUCUCAGCCCCUCCUUUUGUCUUCGGAGAAAGGUAAAGCAGGUUUUGGGCUUGGAACAUUCUGUGAAAAAAGUGCAUGCGCGACACUUGCGUCCCGCCCACACGUGUUGACCCCUACGUGGGUUGUUGGUGAGGCUCGCGGAGACAGACACGAACAGAAGUACUUUCGGAGAGUGAAGACUCGCUCUUCUUUGGCAUCAUUCAGUGAG